CUUCCCGGAAGCGGGGGAGCGGUCCCGCCCCCAGCCUCACCCCCGCGGCGUGGGGCCUUGGGACAUUCACCUCACUUCUCCGAGCCAAAGUUUCUGCAUCUACGAAGUGGGGCACAACUGCGAAGUGCCACAAGCCGGGCCUUCUUCCCCCGGUAGCUGUGAGGUUCGGGGGACUUGGGGGUGAAACUGUUGCAUAAACUGUGUACAAUGCGGGGCAGAGGGGAAGGCUGCCAUUGGGCGGAGCAACCUUCGGGGCCUCACUCCUGGGUCCUCCAGCCCAGCAGGGGCAAGCUGUGAGGGAGUGGGCCACCCCCCGACGGGGCUGCUGGCGGGCAGGAGCCGGGACCGUAGGAGCAGUUUGCUGGGAGGGUGGUGAAAGUGGGGGGGUCGGGGGGAGCAGUUCCCCAGUUUGACUCAGUGCCAUCUGGAGCUCCAGUGAGUCCUGUGUUCCCUCUUUAGAGCAGGAUAGAGAGAAGAACAGUGAAAUCACAAAAUGACACUGGCGAGGUUCUCUUUCCAGCACACUUUUGGAAUAAAAAACGUAGAACCUAAUGUCCACUGAAAAGCUUUCCAUUUUUCUGGGAACAUGGCAUUGAGGUCAAUCAUACGGGUGAUGUAGAAAGUCUCCUUUACCCUGCACGAGAUGCUGAGCCCCUGACAGCCCUUUCUUGCCUCUGACUUGCUUACAGUGUUUGGUUUUCCUAAUUAAGCUCAAGCUUUAUUAUUGUUCCUGCCUUUUAUCAUCAAAAUGUGAGUGAUUCUGGAACCAGUUUAGUUCACCCUGUUAUUUAAGGAAGGGGAGCUGGGAAAUAGAAUAACUACCCCCAAACUCUAUGUAAGAAAGCACCUUGCUAAGGGUACACCUGCCUGGUGAGUCCGUGACUCAUUACAGCACUGGUGGGAGGUGAAGCAGGAGGUUGAGGCCCAGAGAGGUUUAUGUGCCUUGGCAAAGCCAGAACUAAAGCCAGAUCCCCUGCGUCUUUUGUGUUGGUUUACUGCCAUUCAUUGCAUCGUCCUAGGAUACCUCCUCUCUUCCCCUGGGACUGCUUCUCUGUCUCCCUGGGAUGUGCUGUUCUGUCUCUUGACAGUCAUAGCAAGCUCCCUGGGGCUGCUGAGCGUGGGUUUGCUUACCAUACCUUGUCUGGGAAUGACCCACGGGGAAAUGACAGUGCUCAGAAGGAAACAGUAGGUGGAGGUUAAUGUUAGUGGACACCUGCUAUGUCCAGGGACUGUGCUGGCCAGUUUCGUAUUCAUUGUGGGAAGGUGGGGUUGUCGGCAUACAUGGCACUGGGACACUUCCUGGCCACACGUAGUAUAGUAUGUUCUGAGCAGACUGCCUAAGGGCCAGAGAGAGACCUUUGACCACUCAGUCCUUCACCAACUUGUCCACCCCCGGGAACCGGCACCUGUUGGAACGAGAGCCUCUGCUUGCCCUCAUGAUCCCCCUGUUUUAAGCGUUUGCAGGACCGCGGAUGCUGUGCUGCUCUCUGUGAGCCAGUCACCGAGUCAGCUGCAGCCCUUCCUGAACCUUUGGCUGUCUGGAAGCUCUGCUGUGCUCCUUGCCAAGAUGAAGUGCGUCUUGGUGGCCACGGAGGGCGCGGAAGUCCUCUUCUACUGGAUGGACAAGGAGUUUGAAGAGAGUCUGCGGCUGAAGUUUGGGCAGUCCGAGUGUGAGGGAGCAGGGCUUCCCACCCUGGAGGACCAGCUCAGCACCCUCCUGGCCCCCGUCAUCAUCUCUUCCAUGACGAUGCUGGAGAAGCUCUCAGACACAUACACCUGCUUCUCAACGGAAAAUGGCAAUUACCUGUAUGUCCUCCACCUGUUCGGAGAAUGCCUGUUUAUCGCCAUCAAUGGAGACCGCACAGAGGGUGAGGGGGACCUGCGGCAGAAGCUAUGUGUGCUCAAGUACCUGUUUGAGGUGCACUUCGGGCUGGUUACCGUGGAUGGCCAGAUCAUUCGAAAAGAGCUGCGGCCCCCGGACCUGGAGCAGCGGGUGCAGGUUUGGGAGCACUUCCAGAGCCUGCUGUGGACCUACAGCCACCUGCGGGAGCAGGAGCAGUGUUUCGCUGUGGAGGCUGUGGAGCGGCUAAUCCACCCUCAGCUCUGCAAGCUGUGCAUAGAGGCUCUGGAGCGGCAUGUCAUCCAAGCCAUCAACACUAGCCCUAAGCGGGCCGGCGAGGAGGCCCUGCACGCCUUCCUGCUCGUGCACUCCAAGCUGCUGGCCUUCUACUCCAGCCACAGCGCUAGCUCCCUGCGCCCAGCCGACCUCCUCGCCCUCAUCCUUCUGGUUCAGGACCUAUACCCCAGCGAGAGCACAGCUGAGGACAACGACACCCAGCCCUCCCCACGCAGGCCCCAGAGCAGCCAGAGCAUCCCCGUGCAGCAGGCCUGGAGCUCUUGUUCUGCAGACCCAACCAGGAGGAGCUCUGCAGGGACCGAGACAGACAGCUUCUCCCCCGCUGAGGAGUACUUCACACCAGCUCCUUCCCCCGGGGAGCAGAGUUCAGGUAGCACCGUCUGGCUGGAGGAGGGCACCCCACCCACUGAUGCUUCCCAGGUCCAGGUGGCUGAGGACACCCUCCAGACGCUGGUCCCUCACUCCCCAGGACCUUCCAGCCCCAGAAGGAUUUUCCUAGACACCAGUGUGAAGGAGAACUACUGCCCCAUGGUACCCCACACCAUGUACUGCCUGCCUCUUUGGCCGGGCAUCAACAUGGUGGUCCUGACAAAGGGUCCCAACACGCCCCUGGCCCUGGUCCUGUACCAGCUGCUGGAUGGAUUUUCCCUCCUGGAGAAGAAGCUGAAGGAGGGGCAGGAGGUGGGGAGCACCCUGCGGUCCCAUCCCCUCAUGGGGGACCUGCGCCAGAGGAUGGACAAGUUCGUCAAGAGUCGAGGUGGACAAGAGCUUCAGAGCACCUGGCUGGAGUUCAAGACCAAGGCCUUCUCCAGAAGUGAGCCCGGAUCGUCCUGGGAGCUGCUCCAGGCUUGCAGGAGGGUGAAGCGGCAGCUCUGCACCAUCUACCGUCUGAGCUUCCUGGCCGCGGCUCCGGGCCGGGGAGGCCCCCACCUGCCCCAGCACCUGCAGGACCGGGUCCAGACCCUCAUGCAAGAAAAGCUGACCGAUUGGAAGGACUUCUUGCUGGUGAAGAGCAGGAGGAACGUCACCAUGGUGUCCUACCUGGAAGACUUCCCAGGCCUGGUGCAUUUCAUCUACGUGGACCGCACAACUGGCCAGAUGGUGGCCCCUUCCCUCAGCAGCAGUGAGAGGACCUCAUCGGAGCUGGGCAAGGGGCCCCUGGCCACCUUCGUCAGAACCAAGGUCUGGGCUCUGAUCCGGCUGGCGCGCAGAUACCUGCAGAAGGGCUACACCACGCUGCUGUUCCGGGAGGGCGACUUCUACUGCUCCUACUUCCUGUGGUUCGAGAAUGAGAUGGGCUACAAACUCCAGAUAAUUGAUGUGCCCGUCCUGUCUGACGACGCGGCUCCCGUGGGCAUGCUGGGAGGAGACUACUACAGGAAGCUCCUGCGCUACUACAGCAAAGGCCACCCGGCCGAGGCUGUCAGGUGUCACGAGCUGCUGGCCCUCCACCUGUCCGUCAUCCCCGUGGACGUGCUGGUGCAGCAGGCCGGGGAGCUGGCCCGACGCCUGGGGGAGGCUUCCCAUGUCCCCCUGCUCUAGGCCAGGGCGGAGCGUCCCCCGUGUGGUCUGCCUGCACACCUCGGUGCUCCAGGCCCACCCUGCUGGCAGACAUCCCCAUGGCAGGAGCCUCCUCUUGUCCACAGCAGCCUUCCGAGGAUGGACCAGCCCCCAUGACAGCCCCAGGAUUUCUUAAAGAAACUCCACUGAGACCAGCCUCCAUUCUGGCAAGCAAACCCCCAAAUCCUUCACUCUGGAGGAGGAGGCCAGAGGGUUCCUUUGGUCUCCUUAGAACAGCAGAGGAGGUCCCUGUGCCUGCAUGUGUCCACUGUUCUUGGAGUGCAGAAGCUCCAUCCAGAAGCCGGUUCCCUCCCCAAAUGGAAGGUGCUCCCCUGGCUGGGUUGAUCCAGCUGCCACUUCCUCUCUGCAGCUCUGGGCAGGUUUCCUCACCUCUAAACCUGUCUCCCCACACUCAGAGUGACAGCACCCCCCUCUCAGGGUGGUCAUGGGGCUGCCAGACAUGGGGCAGGUGGUCAAUAAAUGCUGGUUACUGUUACUGUUACUGUUGAAGCCA